CCAUCCCGGUCAUCCCGCUCGUCCCGCCGCCUCCCGGCCCCGCCGUCAUGGCCCCCAGAUAGCGGCCCGGCCUCACCGACCGCCCGCAGGAUACCUUUGAUCUGUCAUAUGUGGGAAGAACGCUAAGAGAGCCAUCUAAAAAUGGGUGUUAAAACAUUCACUCAUAACUCCCCUGCUCACAGCCAGGAGAUGCUGGGGAAGCUCAACAUGCUCCGCAACGACGGCCACUUCUGCGACAUCACCAUCCGCGUGCAGGACAAGAUCUUCAGGGCACACAAGGUGGUGCUGGCGGCCUGCAGCGACUUCUUCCGCUCCAAACUCGUUGGCCAAGCGGAGGACGAGGGCAAGAGCGUGUUGGACCUGCACCACGUGACGGUGACGGGCUUCAUCCCCCUGCUGGAGUACGCGUACACGGCCACGCUGUCCAUCAACACCGAGAACAUCAUCGACGUGCUGGCCGCCGCCAGCUACAUGCAGAUGUUCAGCGUGGCCAGCACCUGCUCGGAGUUCAUGAAAUCCAGCAUUUUGUGGAACACGCCCAACAGCCAGCAGGAGAAGGUGCUGGAUGCGGGACAGGAGAGCGGUGCAAACUGCAAUUUCACCUCCCGGGACGGCAGCCUGUCCCCGGUGUCCUCCGAGUGCAGCGUGGUGGAAAGAACCAUCCCCGUGUGCCGGGAGUCGCGGAGGAAGCGCAAAAGCUACAUCGUCAUGUCUCCUGAGAGCCCCCUCAAGUGCAACACGCAAACCAGCUCCCCCCAAGUGCUCAAUCCUUCCACUUCCUACCCAGAGUCCAGAAAUCAGCCCGUGGACUCGUCCCUAGCCUUUCCCUGGACUUUUCCUUUUGGAAUUGAUCGAAGGCUUCAGUCAGAAAAGGUGAAGCAGGCGGAGAACUCUAGGACUUUGGAAAUGCCUGGGCCCUCCGAGUCCAGCAGGAGGAUGGCAGAUUAUGUGACUUGUGAGAGCACCAAGGGCAGCUCUCCCCUGGUGAUCGAGGAGGACGUGCGAGUCAAGGUGGAAAGGCUCAGUGACGAGGAGGUUCACGAGGAGGUGUCACAGCCUGUGAGCGCAUCCCAGAGCUCCCUGAGCGACCAGCAGACGGUCCCAGGGAGUGAGCAAGUGCAGGAGGAUCUCCUGAUCAGCCCUCAGUCUUCAUCUAUAGGCUCCAUAGAUGAGGGGGUUACAGAGGGACUGCCCACACUCCAGAGCACCUCUGGCACCAGCGCUCACGCAGACGAUGAUGAUCGUCUGGAGAACGUUCAGUAUCCCUACCAACUCUACAUUGCUCCUUCCACCAGCAGCACAGAGAGGCCCAGCCCCAACGGUCCCGACAGACCCUUCCAGUGUCCCACGUGCGGGGUGCGCUUCACCCGCAUCCAGAACCUGAAACAACACAUGCUCAUCCACUCAGGCAUUAAACCCUUUCAGUGUGACCGCUGUGGGAAAAAGUUCACCCGCGCUUACUCGCUCAAGAUGCAUCGCCUGAAGCACGAAGGUAAACGCUGUUUCCGGUGCCAGAUAUGUAGUGCCACUUUCACUUCCUUCGGGGAAUAUAAACACCACAUGCGGGUUUCCCGGCACAUUAUCCGCAAGCCUCGGAUUUACGAGUGCAAAACAUGCGGCGCCAUGUUCACCAACUCUGGAAAUUUAAUCGUUCACCUGAGGAGCUUGAACCAUGAAGCGUCAGAGCUAGCAAACUACUUCCAGAGCAGUGACUUCCUAGUACCGGACUACUUAAACCAGGAACAAGAGGAGACCCUCGGGCAGUAUGAGCUAGGGGAGCAUGGCUUUGAGAGCAACUCUUCUGUCCAAAUGCCUGUCAUUUCACAGGUGUCAUCUACUCAGAAUUGUGAAAGCACUUUCCCCUUGGGGUCUCUGGGUGGGUUGGCAGAGAAGGAAGAAGAUGUGCCAGAGCAGCCAAAGACUAACACCGCUGCUGAGGCAGCCGCGGGUGACCCUCCCAAACCGGAGCUGUCAUCUAUUACUAUCGAAUAAUUCAUGGUUUGGUUUCAUUUUUGUUCUUUGGAAAGUGCCUGUGUUUGGUCCUGUACAUUUUAAUUUAAUUUUUUUAAACGAAAAGUGGGGAGAUUUUCCCCUUUUUACUUUGUAAGCUAUGCUUUAAACUGAAAACUGCGACAGAUGUUACGUUAUUUUUCAUGACUGAAUGAUCACUUGUGUGAAAAUAUUUAAGACUGAUUGCACAAAAAAAGAUCUUGUCAGAACAUCAUGGAAGCUGUGAUAUACUUCUAAAGAAGAACAACUGAUUCAGAUCACUUUAACUAUUCCUUCUUCCACAGUUAGAGCAGCUCAUUAAGUUUCUCUUGCUUCUGCAGGCCCUCUGGUUAAGGGAAAGAAAUCAGAGGAAACCUUUUUCAAAUGAUAAACAAAAGGAUGCAUUGGAAACCAUGAUUGAACAGUUUUGACUAGUUUUGAGUGGAUGCUUUAAUCCUCUGCAUAAAGAAGUGACACUUCCUAUAUGUGCCUGCUGUUUUUCAAAACCCUUACUGUGCCCUGUGCUUGGAAAUGGUGAGUGGUUUUGAAAGGAACAGUCGCACACUUCUUCAAAACACACAUCCCUGUCCAGCCCAGAUGAAUGCCAGGUAUUCCUACUUCUUCUGUUCCAGUCCUUUUAGAAACUGCUUGAUCAAAUAGCCUAAACAGAUCAGCCCAGCUGAGGCUGGGCAUGGAAAGUCUAAAGGUGCACCAGGAAUUGGGAAUGAUGGAGAAAUGUUCAGCCAUGCAAGCCUGACAAAUAUCUCCUGACUGUACCUGUCUGCAGAUGGGGAACCACAAAGGAAAAUGAAGGUUUUCCCAAACUGAAAUUCUUAAACCUUGGCCAGACUAUUUGCAGUUCUGAUCAUUGCCCCCUCACAUACACACUGUGUUUUUACUAAUCGGAGAUUUAGCUAGAGGGAGUUUACAGAUUGGAAAAAAUAAGCUCUUUUGUGCAUUAUUGCACUUUUUUUUUUUGUUUAUACAUAUGUAUGUAUAGUUUCAGAGAUUUUUACUAGCCUGUUUUGGAUAAAACAAGCAAUUUAUUCUCUCUAAGGACAACUUUCUAACCAACAGGGGGCUGUUUACAAAAAGCCUAUAGAGCAAUGAUGAAUUGUUCCUGUUUCAAAACACUUUAAAUCCUUGCCAACUCGGUUUAUUAAAGGCCAUUACUCCAGCUACACACACAACUCAAGCAAGCAAUAAUCUGAAAUAUUUGCAAUUUCAUUUUUCCAUAUUUAGAAAAAGCUACAAAUGGAGGGUGUGGGAUUUUCAGAGCAGUGAGUCUUGUUUGGUCGAGCCUGUUUGGGCUCAAGUACUGCUUUGAAACCUAAAUUAGGAAGUACAUUAGGAGAUUUGUGAUCUUUCUUACAGCUUCUGAAGUUAACUCAGUGUUUGAUGCCAAAUGCCCACGGCCUACAGAUGAUGUGCUGAGUGAGUAGGUAUUCCUUGAUCUCAGUAUUCCAAAGGCAUGAUUUACUCCCCUAGUUUUGAGUCUUGUUUGUGUAAAUUGAUAUUUUCUGUUAUUUUCCGGAUUUGUUUUAUGCAAACAUGAGGAGGAAAUGAAAGCAAUAGAGAAAGGUUGCUCCUGAAGAAACAGAAGACACAAAAGUCGUAUUAUAUUGCACAUCAAUUUGUAUUCAGUCAGCCUAGGCAGCUCUGAUACUCUCUGAGACUGAGUUCUUUCUAUUAAUAGCCAGCUUUUGUAAGGAAAAAAGUUUAUUGACCUUUGGAAAGUGUUUAAAGGGUUUCAGUGACUUCAGCAAUUUUUCUCUUUUUAGGUUAAACCCACAUAUUUUAGUUAAAUAGAGUGAAAACAGUUGGGAUUUAAGCACUUUCCAGCUUGCUGGAAUGAGGUUUCUCCACCAGAUCCAAAGGGUGUUUUAGAAACAUGCUGCAAAGAACUUCUGUGCUGCAAUUCAGUCUUGAUUAUAUCUACCUUUGUGAGGCUUCUUAAAAGGGCUUGAAGGAGAAAUGCUUUUUCUGGGCUGUGAAAUAGCCCAGUGCCUGCUGAUGAGCUGAAUUUAGAGACCAUUUCCCUUCCACUUGUGAUUUCUCUGAGAAGCCAGUGAGACAAGACAAAGCCUUUUGCUGAGCUUUGUUCUGACCUAGAGGGCUGCAACACUGAGCUCAAAUCCAGCGUUUUCUCUUUUUCCUGACAUGUUCCACAGGUAAAUGAGAGUCCUUUGUGAGUCAUGUUCUGAACAGUGCUUCACCCAAACCACAUUUCCUGACUGCACAGAUGUAAUAAUCAAAGGUGGUCAGGGAUGAGCUGGAAGACAUAAUCUGAUCAUUAAAAUCUGAUCAUUUUCAUCCCUGAAGUAUUUUACUAAAGAGUUCAUUGGUGAGAAGGUACAAAUACACCACAGACAUACGUGCAUAUUGGAUUUUAAGACUUAAAAUUUUGAGUCAGAAGGCAAAUUGCUUUCAGAAUACCAAAGAGAAAGGGGAAAGUUACAAAGACUUUACAACUCUGAUCUGUUCUUCCUUGAAAAGAAAUAAGCAUCAUUAACACUGAGGAACAAGGCAAGGCCUGGGGUUCAUUGUUCAUUGCACUGUGUGUUACACAUUAUCUUUUCAGCUUCCUAAUCUCUGGUAACAUCUUAAUUUAGUUCUCACUUUUCCAUCUGGUUCAACUGGAGGAAUAAUAGAGUUCUUGGAGGAUUUUGUUUGGUUGGUUUAGGGUUGAGUUUACUUGUUAAUUUUCUUGUCUGUAAUUGUUUCUUGUUAAUAUCUCUUUUCUCCAUAGAAAUGAAUACGGUUUAAAUGCAAACACCUUUUUAUUCCUCCUCUCUAAAACUUGUUGGAAGUGCUCAGUUCUUUGAAAUGCUGGUGUUCUUCACAAGAGAGAUGUAAAAACACAGGACAUCUUCAAACAAUUUAUGUUGCUCAUGUGCUUGGAUUCCAAACAGAGCAAGAGAGAUAACUAAAAUAGAAAAAAAUUGCCUUAAACUACACUUGGGAUUAAACCUAAACCAUCCAUUUCUUUCAGCACAUUAUCAGAGGGUUUUGAAUUCUGGGAUGCAUUUUCUUAUUUCUUCUUCACUUUUUUCCCCUCCCUCCCAAAAAAUCCAUUAUUUAGUAUGCAUUUCUGUGUCUGCUAGACAAGGGUCAGGGCUGAUGUGGUUCAGCCCUCCUGCUGCAAGCAGAGUGAGCCCAAGUGGUGUCCCCACAGCUGGAGUUCAGUUGUCAGGCUCGCAGAGACCACGGCCAAGUCUCUCAUACUGAGAGAUCAGUAGACUCGGGUAUUGGAAAUGGUUCUGGCUUCACAUGGAUUCUGAGUCGAAAAGAUGUGAAUUUAAACUUUUUAAAAAAGUAAUAGCUGCCAAUGCAGUCAGAUAUAUUUUAUAAGACUAUGAUCCCUAUAUGUCCCCUGUGGGAUGGAGUUUUAUUGUUUUUAAGCUAUGGUUUAAGGUUUUAUAUGAGGGCUUCAGGCACUUCUUGGUCGCUGGUUCCACCCUGCAGCCCUGGGUUGGGAGGGCUGAGGUGAGUGCUGGUCUCUCUCAGAGACAAACCAGGAAGCAUUUUAUAUGCAAACCCAGCAGGAGCUUUGUGCACCCUGCAGGGAUGAGAGAAUUCAGAUGGAGGAGCACCUGCUGCUCCCACAUCCAUUGCAACUUCCACACCAUCAGAAAAUGGAAAAUAGCUGAUUUUCAUUCAGGCCGCUCACGUUCCAGUUUUGCUCACAAGGGGAAAUCCUGUUUUGGAGGGUUCUCAUCUCCAACUGUAGACAUAAUAAAUCCCAUAGCAUCGUGAUGAUGGCAGGUAAGAGGGUUCAAGACAGUACCUCACCACACCAGAGGUACCUGGUAAAUAGAGUGGGUUCCAAGUAUUUGAGGAAAUGUACCAUGAAAGAAACAAAUGUGAAUUUUUUUAGUGCAACAGUACUUACUGCUCUGGAUUUUUGUUCACUCCGUGUGCUAGCACAGUAACUCCGUGUCCCACAGCUCUCAGCUACAAAUCUGGUUGCACUAAAAAAAAAAAAAUGGAAUCUGGUGCUGCCAGCCUGUGUGGCAACUGUACCUACAGUCUUCCUGAGGGUUGCUGAAGUCCCCAGAAGAGUGAUUUUGUUUCACCAUUCAUUUAGCUGUGCAUGCUUUUGAUAUUCUGACCUGUAACCCUGGCUACACCGAGUCCUUGGACGGCUUCCUUGCUCUGUUCUGCAGUGCCUUCACUCGAGGUGCUGCCCAUGGUGAAACCCCAAAGAGGGAAAAGUGGAAGCUGGAGGGGAAAAAAAAUGUGAAUUAAAUUAUUGUUGGGCUUCUUUGUGCAUUUUAGUAACAGUGAAACCCCCUUAACUGUGCCAGUCUCCAGUCACCAGCCGUAUAUCAGUCAUCAUCUCAUCCUCAGUACAGCUUCUCUUGUUGAUGCUGGCCACAGCUAGAUUACUUGGCAUGUUUAUUGACCUAACAGAAUUGGUUUUGGGUUUUGGUUUUGUUUUUUAAUGUAUACGAUGUUUAAAUACACUUCACAUUUUAUAUAAUACUAUCUGGCUAUUAGUAUUUUUCAGGAACCAUAGUUCUUGGUGGCUAUAUAUAUUUUUGUGACUUUUUUUGUAAACUAAGUGCCGUUUCAACGUUACAAUCAUUUUUAGAGUUAUUGUAAUCAAUGUGAAUAUCAUGUUUUUUCAAAUCUGUUCUGAGCCUGUAGUGUUUGCUUUGUGAUCAUAUGUGUAAUGUAUAUAUUCUGUAUAGUUACAUUGUAUUGAAAUACUAGCUUGUUUGAUAUAAGAAAAGUAUGUAUUGGGUACCUUUUUGCUAGCCUGGUUGUUUAAUCUUUAAAAAAAAACUUCCAAAAUACAAAAAAAAAAAAUCUCCAAACUGGUCCCAUUAUAGGUCAAAAUUAAGGGGGGAGAAAAACUAGUUUUGAGUGUCUUUGGAUAGAAAUAUGAAGCUAAGAUUUUUCAUUAAAAUAUUAAUGUUUUAUGGAGUA